AUGACCAGGAGAGAAGUUAAGUUAGAGAUCAAUGUCAAAGGAAUACUAAAGGAGUGCCAGUCUGUUAUUAAAAAUGAUACAUCUAUCAAAGCAGGUGACAGAGUAAGCCAUAUGAACAUGCUGAAGCGCAUAAUUAAGGAUAAUCUAAGGAUAGAAAGCAAGGAGCUUAGUGAGGAGAAGAAAGAAACUAUUCUAAAAAUAAUCGAGAAUGAUGCCUGCCAAUACUUUACAUACAGUUCAAAUGAAGGAAUUUCUAUGCCUAUAGUAAGUUCUACAUUAUGGUGUAGAAUUCAAGAAAUAGUUAAAUAUGCAUUCAUGUCUUCAGUUAUUGAACUUGUAAAUCCAAAUAAAUUUAUAUACAAUCCUGAGCAUGGAAUAAAUAGAGAGUUUGACAUACAUGAAAAACUAGAUAGUAUAGCUCUUUCUCAUGGAGAGCUUAAUUUAAGCACUAGAACAUACAUUUUGAUGGUUGAUGAUACAAACUUGGAAAAUAUUCUUCAACUUACCUCAGAGGGUCUGGAUAGAGAGAAUGCUUUUUUUGUUUUGAGUUCAAUGGAUUCAUUAAAUAUAGAUCUUUUUAAAAAGUAUACAUCUGUAAAGGGAUGCUACAGUCUGGAUGAUCUAUACACUCAAGAAGAAGACAAAGUUCCACUGAUAGACUACGGACUGAAACUUAUUUACGAGAAAUAUAAUGAAAUUAAUGAUCUAAUAGAAAACAUCAAUGAAGUAGAAAGUCCUAGCAAUAAUAAAAUACAGGAUAUACCUGCAAAACUCAGCAAUUUGUUUGAAAAUGAAGAGUUAGAAGUAGUCUUUUCUAUUCUCAAUAACAAACAGAAAAUCUGGAGUGAAAAAAUGAUACACAGCCCUAUAGUUAAGGCACUAGAGUGCAUGGCAACUAGAACUGAUUUACUAGGUGGAAAAGGUGAGCCAAAGGUGCUGAAGAUAAAAGCAGACUUGAGCAACUUCAGUAAAGACUAUAUAACUAGCCGUAAUGGCUUGUUAGAAAUAAUGCCUGAAAAAGGAGAAAAACUACGGGGUGAAUAUAAAAGUAUGACGAAAUCUGUUGACAACGAAAAAGAAAAGUGGGAUAAAAAAGAAAAAAGUCUGACAGAGUGGAAAAACACAACUGACCUUGAUCCAAACUCGCAGGAGUACCAGGAGGUAGUGAGAAAAGAGGAAGAAGAGAUGAGAAGUAUACUGCGUGAAAUUAAUUUCCUAAAUAAUAAGAUAUAUUUAUCAAACUUUGAUACUGAAAAAGUAAAAUUAAUUUGUAGUGGCAUUAAUAUUCUUCGAGCUAUCUCAAAUGUAUUACCUAGCUUAAGCCCAGUUCAGAAACAGCACAUUCUCAAGAAGAUAAAAGAGUCUGCAAACCUACUAAACAUACAAGUAGUAGUAACAGACGAGCCAGAAGCAGUCGAAAAAAUGAAGGUGAAUGAGCCAGUUGAGCAGCACCAAACACUAGACAUGUCUGGUGAAACAGGAUCUAAUCCAGCAGAUGCAUCAGCUCGGACAAGCACUCUUGGAAAAGUACUAGCUGGUGGCCUUCUUGUACUGGGAUCAAUGGCAUAUGUCAACCAUCAUUCGAAGAGCAAGCCAACAACUGCUGCAAACAGUGACAGCGAUAGUUUGUAUCAUUUCAUGGACAGCAGGCAAUUACGAAACAUGAACAAUCACGAUAUAUCUUGA